GCCAGGCCCCCAACGUCCUUCCCUCCUUCCUCCUCGAGCCCCCCCCCUCCCACAUCCUAUCUCGCCCACCAAACCUCCCCUUCUCGAUCCAUCACCCCCCCGAUCCUCCCCAUUCCCCCAUGACCCGCAAGAGGCGCAAGCACGCCGCCGCCGCCUAAGGUUGCCAGUCCCUCCUCCGAUGGAGUCGCUUCCGCGGAAGCGCAAGGGCGCGCGGUCCCUCGCCGGCUCCCUCCACGACGCCUCCGCCGACCGGAAGCGCACCUGCCGGGAGAGGAAGCCGCGGCCCGACAAGAAGAAGAAGAACAAACCCUCCGCAGGCGACGAUGCCGCCUCUACCCGAGGCGGCGUGGUGAUGACGGCGCCGCCGACCAGCGGGAUGGCCGCGCCGGACAGCCCCGGCCGGGGCCUCAAGCGUAAGGUCGGCUGCAUCGAGUCCGCCACGCGGAUAGGGCGCAAGAAGAGGCUCGACAGCGAGUACGCGCUGGGCGACGAGAUCGGCCAGGGCAAGUUCGGGUCCGUCCGGAUCUGCCGCGCCAAGGCCGGGGGCGAGGAGUUCGCAUGCAAGGCGCUCCCCAAGAACGGCGAGGAGACGGUCCACCGAGAGGUGGAGAUCAUGCAGCACCUCUCGGGCCACCCCGGCGUCGUCACGCUCAAGGCCGUCUUCGAGGACACCGACAAGUUCUACCUCGUCAUGGAGCUCUGCAGCGGCGGCCGGCUGCUCGACGAGAUAGCGAGAGAUGGCAAGUUCUCUGAGCAGCGCGCCGCCAUUGUCAUCAAGGAUCUUAUGUCAGUGCUCAAGUACUGCCACGAGAUGGGCGUCAUCCACAGGGACAUUAAGCCAGAGAAUAUUUUGCUCACCAAGACAGGGAAGAUGAAACUAGCAGAUUUUGGAUUGGCAGCACGAGUUACCAAUGGUCAGAAAUUAUCUGGCAUUGCUGGGAGCCCAGCUUAUGUGGCGCCUGAGGUUCUGUCAGGAAGCUAUUCAGAGAAAGUAGAUAUAUGGGGUGCUGGGGUGCUACUCCAUGUACUACUGCUUGGUUCACUUCCAUUUCAAGGGGACUCUCUGGAAGCUGUUUUUGACGCUAUAAGGACAGUUGAGCUUGAUUUCCACAGUGGUCCAUGGAAAUCAAUGUCAGUUCUUGGACGAGAUCUGAUUAGUCGAAUGUUGGAUCGAGAUGUCUCCUCUAGGAUAACUGCUGCUGGAGUUCUUAGUCACCCAUGGGUCUUAUUCUACACGGAGUGUACCCUGAAGGCCGUAACUGCUAAUUUGUGUGUCACUAACAAGAUCGUAGCGCCCUGUUUUCCGUGGGACAGAAUUAGAUCACAUUGUGAUUCAUCAGCUUCAGAUUCGUCGAGCCAGAGGUCUGAGGACCAAGAUGAAUGUGGUAUAGUUGAUGCCCUGACAGCAGCAAUAACACAUGUUAGAAUAUCAGAGCCGAAAAGGACUCGGCUUUGUAGCCCUGCCAUUUCCAUACAACAGGAGUGCUCUUCGAACUUGAAGAGUAACCUGUGCACGGCGUUUUGACACAACCCAAUGUAUAGCUCCUGAUUGGUUGGCCUGUGUCAUUGAUUACUCCACCAGUUGGUGUCUCUGGGCUGAGGAUAAUAAGUCGGGUUUCCUGUCAGAGCAAAUAAGAGUUUGACAUGGUAUGAUGUAGAUUGCAGUGAUGCUGUUAAACCCGACGUGAUGACUGGUUCUGUAAAUUUUGUAAAUAUAGAAUGAUCUCUAGCUAAUUUAUCUCUUUGGAACUACUUCAUUCGAUGUUAGUAAACAUAUUUUGUUCGAUCUGCAUUCUUUGUAUCCUAGUCUAUUGAUAUAGUAUAAUAUUUUGGCAUGGGAAGA